CCCCUACAGAUCCUCCUCAGCUGCCGGGUAACUGCCCCGAAUCCAAUCAGAGGAAAAGUUGGAUCCCAUUUAGAGGACACUGCUAUACGUUCAUGACCUCCACGAGAGACAACUGGGCUCAUGCCACAGUAGAAUGUAUGAGAAUGGGUGUGCAUCUUUAGUGAGUAUUGAGGAUCCAAUAGAAUCACAGUUUAUCCGACGAAACCUGGAGAUCCUGCAGGAUGAAGUCAAGUCAGUCUGGAUUGGACUUCACCGCAGUCAUAAGGGUGAUUGGAUGUGGAUUGAUAAUACGGUUGUGGAUUACACAAACUGGAAACCGGAGAUGCGGGGUGAUGCUGAAAAAUGUGUUGAAGUUCAGUCAGACACUGGGAUGUGGAGCACCAGCAGCUGUAAUGAUCGCAGAGGUUAUAUCUGCAAGACUGCUAAAGUUAUACCACCAACAGAGAAGCCAUCAGUCUCAGUUACACCAACAACAGCGAAGUUAUCAGUCUCAGAUCGGCAGGUAGAUGAGCGUUCUCAUGGAUCGGCUGGCAUCGCUGUAGGGGUUGUGUUGGUCAUAAUCGCUGUUGCAGGUCUUGCUGGGUUUCUGUUCUUUAGGAGAAAUCCCAGGAAUGUGAUUGGAUGAUUUGAUAGCAGAUUCUAUAAUAAUCUUCCUGAGCCCCUUACAGUUUUUGAUAGUAAAGAAUCAGCUGUCAACACUGAAGAAUCAAUAUGAAUAACACAUUAACAUGUCACGCCCGGGGGCUGGCUGCUAUGUGCCUAAGCCACGCCCCUUUCCAACUUCCACCUCGAGGAGGUCCCCAAAGCCAACCCAAUGACCAGACAACAACGGGUACAGGUAAGUAUAAAACAAGUUUUUAUUGAAUUUAAAUAAUUAAAAUGAACUUGGGAAUUCGGGAAGGGGAAAUUAAAACUAGUACUCUCGGCUCUGCCCUCCAGGUAGGCUACGGCCAGGAAGAGUCUCGAGGAAAAGUGGGGGGGGGCAACAGGGGCCAGACACCGUGGGCCAGGGAUGUAGGACUCAGGCUCCUGCCUGGUCUGGUCUACCCGUGGCGCCCUCCUUUUCCUCCUGGAGGCAGAAAUGAAACCAAGAUGAAUGUUUAGCUAGUUAUAUUCUUCUGCGUACCUUGCUCUCCGUGCGGAGUUCUUCCUCUGUACGUGCUCUGAGGGUUACACAAAUGUUCCUUUGUCUCACGGGGUCUCUUUUCCUUACAGGCUGCUGCAGGACACCAGGGGGUCAGCCCUACCAGCAGCGAAGGACCUCUUCUCGCCUUCACUCGGAGCACGGUCGGGUAAGUAUAGAUUCCUUUCCUCUUCCUUUUCUCCUUUCUUUCCCUCUCCACAGGCGGCGGCUGGUAUACAAGAGGCACAAUUACUUGGACUUGGUUUGCUCUCACCUCUCUGCUGGACACAGCGUACAGUAAUUACGGGUUACACACAGUUCCUUCUCGUGUCGCUCACUCCCUUCCUCUCUCUCUUUCCACAGGCAACAGCUGGGACACAAGUGGCACAGUUACUUGGACUUGGUUUGCUCUCACCUCUCUGCUGGACACAGCGUACAGUAAGUACGGGUUACACACAGUUCCUUCUCGUGUCGCUCACUCCCUUCCUCUCUCUCUUUCCACAGGCAACAGCUGGGACACAAGAGGCACAGUUACUUGGACUUGGUUUGCUCUCACCUCUCUGCUGGGCACAGCGUACAGUAAGUACGGGUUUCACACAGUUCCUUUUCGUGUCGCUCACUCGCUUUCUCUCUCUCUUUCCACAGGCAACAGCUGGGAAACAAGAGGCACAGUUACUUGGACUUGGUUUGCUCUCACCUCUCUGCUGGGCACAGCGGACAGUAAGUACGGGUUUCACACAGUUCCUUUUCGUGUCGCUCACUCGCUUUCUCUCUCUCUCUCCACAGGCAACAGCUGGGACACAAGAGGCACAGUUACUUGGCUUGGUUUGCUCUCACCUCUCUGCUGGACACAGCGUACAGUAAGUACGGGUUUCACACAGUUCCUUUCCGUGGCGUUCUACUCGUUCCAACUUUACACAGCACAUUCCUUGUUCCUAACAAACAGAUCCCGGAAUAUAUUAAUUUUGGUUACACAGGGUGGCGGACUUACGACACUGAAGUCUUCGAUGCGUCAGCUGGAGUAAGCGGUUUUCACGUGGCGUCGGGGACAAACCCUCUCGACAAGCUCGGCGGUUGCGGGGAGGGGGAAACGUCGUACUGUCUCACCGGGCCGAGCGCUGCCCUUCCUUCACCCUCCUUAGGCGUUCGAAUACAGGACAGGGGCGCCCUUUCGACGAGACCUCAGGACAGACGGGAUUUUCCACUCCUCUCUCUCUUCUGCAACGAUAAGUAGCACACAGAUGACAAUAUCCACAAUAGUGACUCGUAAUCGUACUCACACAACCAUACUACUCCAGCACUUCACCGCGACUCCUAGACCCACUCCAAUGUCAGGAACCGGACUCGUUCUGGACUCCACACUGUUACUCUCUACCUGGGACAUGCUCACAACAUAUAAUUAAUGGCCACACUGAGACCGACAGCCUCUUCAUCUUCCCUUGACGAGGCGUACAAAGGCGGGGGUUUGGUCUGACAAGACACACAGCAAUACACAGCAAUGCACAGCACCACGUCAAAAGUGAAAGUUCCACAGCACAAAGACUCACCCACCACGAUCCAGUGUACACUCAAGAUGCCCGCCUUUCUCCACUUCGUCGGGGGCUGUUCGGCGAUGGUAUUCGCAGCCCAGUCAGCAGAUAUGUCGCCGUGGCUAGCCCCAGCCAAAUGUUCUUUAGGCUCUCCCACCACGCUAAUUUAGGGGUAGGGCCUUCCUCCUUCACUCAGAGAUUAAUCGCUUCACAACAAAUUAUCCACACAAAUGUGUAUUCGGUUCAGUGUGUUAUACUCACGGAUACUAUCAACUUUAGUUCCAACUGUCCUUUGUUGUAAUUCCCCCGGCGAUCGCUUCAGUCACACACACAGGACGUCUGUCCUCCUAGCAGAGUUACACAGCAAUAUCAUACAUCGCAAUGUCCUCCAUGCAGAAAUACACUCGCGCUUUCUCUACUUCCUCUUCGUUGUUACGUCUCAGUUUCCAAUGUUUCCAAUCUUGCUUCAAUCCUUAAGGUGUCCAAAGUCCACGCAAUCAUAUAAACUCCAGCGAGAGAGAUCAACAGCCCACGGCCAACGUACUAGAGGGUACAAACGCAGCGCUUCACACUGCACACAACUACUCAAACUGUCAUUUUAGCUGUUCUUAAAUACUGCCCUUGUUUAGCGUAUCCUCCAAUCAUCAAUCGCUUCUCUUAACUAGACACAGCUGCGCUUGAUUUGUUGAUUUUUCCCUCUUACGGCGCUACCGGAAGUCCGGUGUUCCUCUUUUCCGGCCCGGUGGGAAACCUUCCGGGCGGAACCAAACUUCCCUAAAUUUGGUUCCGCCCCUGAAAAGAUCGUCACCUUGUAACAAACACACACACAGCCAUUAGUAUAAAUGUAAUGUGCAAUAUCCACAAUAAUUAUGAGUGGGGGGGCUUGCACCAAAUGUUUUACAGGGGGCACAGUGUACACAGCUACUGUACCCUUUAUACUGUAAUCAAUAUUAUUAAUGUCAAUUAAACAUCAAAACCUUUUAUAUGCCAUAUUCUUAUAGACUACACAGAUAAAAAGAUCAGUGUUUAUGAAAAAUGUAUUGCUAUUUCACACAUAAAAACUAGGGUGCUCUACAAUCAUGUAAUUAGCUGUAAUGAUCAACACUGCAAAAACUGUGAAUAAAAAGAAACCUCUGAUGCAACGUAAGCAGA